UAGUAUCUACACUGCCGGAAAUCAAGAAGAAGAAGAAGACGACUGGUCUUGACAAAAACAAUACAGAUUCAGCACUCUGUGAAGAAUGAAGAGAAAAACUAAACAAAAGUGUUCUGUUUCUGAACAGCAGAACAUUAUGAUUCUCGAUUCACUUCUGAAAGCUUUGUUCAGAAAGUGUAAGUAAAGAUCACAUUGCUGGAGCUCAAACAGUGAAAAUGGAUUUGCUAACUGCAGAAGAUCUUUCUUGUCCCGUGUGCUGUGAAAUCUUCAAGUCUCCUGUUCUUUUAUCGUGUAGCCACAGUGUCUGUAAAGAGUGUCUUCAACAGUUAUGGAAAACAAAGGAAACUCAGGAGUGUCCCGACUGUGGAAGAUCAGCGAAACCUGACCCUCCUGCUAAUCUCGCGUUACAAAACUUGUGUGAUAUGUUCCUGAAGGAGAGAAAAGAGAGGCCUUCAUCAGGAUCUGAGGAGAUCUGCAGUUUACACGGUGAGAAGCACAAACUCUUCUGUCUGGAGAACAAACAGCCUGCGUGUGCGGAGUGCUUUACUUCACAGAAACAUGUAAAUCACACAGUCAGACCCGUCAGUGAAGCUGUUCCAUCAUAUAAGGAGCAGCUCAAUGCAGCACUGAAGUCCUUACACGAGAAACUUGUGCAGAGUGAAAACUUUAUAGGAGAGUUUGAGAAAACACUUCAACACAUCAGGUCACAAGCUGAGCACACAGAGCGUCAGAUUAAACAGCAGUUUGAGAAGCUCCAUCAGUUUCUCAGAGACGAAGAAGAAGCUACAAUCACUGCACUGAAGGAGGAAGAGGAGCAGAAGAAGCAGAUGAUGAAGGAGAAGCUGGAGGAGAUGAACAGAUACAUCUCAGCUCUUUCACACUCAAUCAGAGACACGGAGGAGAUGAUGAAAGCCAGUGACAAUGUCUGCUUUCUGAAGGACUUUCCAGUCUCAAUGGAAAGAUUCCAGAACUCAUCACAGCUGGAUCCACAGAUGCCUUCUGGAGCUUUGAUUCAUGUGCCGCGUUACUUGGGCAAUCUACCCUUCAGAGUCUGCAAGAAGAUGCAGGACAUCGUCCAGAACACUCCCGUGAUUCUGGAUCCAAACACUGCAAAUCCACGUCUCGUCCUGUCUGAUGAUCUGACCAGCGUGAGACGCAGCAGCUAUCAACCUGUUCCUGAUAAUCCAGAGAGAUUUGACUGUUAUCGCUGUGUUCUGGGUUCAGAGGGUUUUAACUCAGGAACACACUCCUGGGACGUGGAGGUUAAAGACGGUUCAGUCUGGACUCUCGGAGUAACUACAGCAUCCAACCAGAGGAAGGGAUGGGGUUUCUUCAACACAGAUGUCUGGAGCUUGCAGUACAAUGUGUCUAGACAGUCUGGCUUUCCUGUUGUACAGCAGCUUGAUCGUGUGAGAGUGUAUCUGGACUAUGAUGGAGGAACAGUGUCAUUCAUUGAUCCUGUAACGAACACACAUCUACACACAUUCACAACCACCUUCACUCACACACUCUAUCCAUUCUUCAGUAGUCCUGACUCUCUGAGGAUCUUACCGGUCAGUAGCCAGUGAUUGGUACUCCUGUGGGUCUGGCUCUUUUGAGUAAGAGUGCUGUUGAUCCGAAUAUCAGAAGAACGCUUUUUCCAGUAUUAUGCCAUUGAAAGAGUUAAUUUAACACUUUCCGUUUUGCUUGUGAUUGUAUCAUAGUUUAUUUCCGUUAUAGAGGUUAAAUUUUCAUUGUAUUAAAUGUAUGUAAAAGGUUCUUGCUGGUCCACAACAAUGUUGAAUGAAAUGGAAAUAGACCUUUUUCACACUUCUGUGUUCGAAAAGCAGAAGCUUCGAAUAGUUGUGCAAUUUUUUUUCUUACCUCCCAAUACAAUCAUCAUGCAUCAAAUUGUGGUUGUUCAAAUUAAAGUAAUAUUUGAUCGAUUAUUCAGCAAUAACUGGUAUUACCAUCUUAAACCUGUCAUAUCCUCCAGGUUUGAGCGCAGUGAUUGGACAGCAUUAUACUUUAGAUAAUAUUGGAGAUUAAUCAUCAUAAAUAUGGUGCAAUAAUAAAAAUAAAAUGAAAACGAACAUUCCUCCAUCUCAUGACUGUGGCCAAACUGACACUCAUCUCACUUUUAUAAUGUUAAUGUUUGUAUAUAAAGAUUUAAGGAGCCCCUAAAAGGACAUGGUGGUGGAAAAAAAAAUUCGAGAUGGGAGGUUUUCAUCGAGAAGGGUUUCCAUUGGUAGGUAGCUAAAUGCAUACGAAGGAU